CGAGUUCUCAGGAAACACUUCUUGUCAUCCCUCUGUUUCGCACCUCUCCAUCUCUCUUUCUGUCUAUCCGCCAUGAGCUCCUCCAAGAAUGGUUUCAGCAGUCGCUCCGUGGGCUCGUACCCCCGCGCCGGAGCACAAAUCCCCCGGCAAGGGAACUCAUAUUUUGGGUUUGGGAACGUGUCACCGGCUGCGGCCCCCAUCAGGGCUGUGUCUGUUAACACAAGCCUCCUAACUCCUGCGGAUCUUCAGCUGGACCCGGACCUGCAGGCUGUGCGGAUCCAGGAGAAAGAAGAGAUCAAAACUCUCAACAAUCGCUUUGCCUCCUUCAUCGACAAGGUCCGUAAAUUAGAGCAGGAGAACAAACUUUUAGAGACUAAAUGGCAGCUGCUACAGAAAGAGUCUAAACCCGAGUCUAAACUGGAGCCCAUGCUGAAGUCCUACAUAACUUCCCUGCGGUCACAGCUGGAGCAGGUGAACAAAGACAGAGAACACCUGGACGCCGAGCUCAGGAAUGUCCACGCACAGGUUGAGGAACAAAAACAAAGGUAUGAAGAUGAGAUUACUAACAGAAAUACAGCUGAAAAUGAGUUUGUUUUUCUGAAGAAGGAUGUGGAUACUUCAUACUUGUGUAAAAAUGCCUUGGAAGAUAAAAUAGCAGCGGUCCUGGAUGACCUGCUCUUUUUCAAGAGCUUCUAUGAACAGGAGCUGCGUGAGCUGCAGGCUGAUGUGAAGGACAUGUCUGUUGUGGUGCAGAUGGACAACAGCAGACAGCUGAACAUGGAGAAGAUCAUCUCUGCUGUGAAGAGCCAGCAUGAGGAGGUUUCAGCACACAGCCGAAAGGAAGCUGAGGUCUGGUACAAAAACAAGUUUGACUUGAUCUCAUCGCAAGCUGACCAGUGCAACACUGAGCUGAAAGACAAUAAAGGUGCAAUCGCUGAUUUGAAAAGGCAGAUAACACGACUGCAAAAAGAGAUCAUCUCAGCAAAACCACAGCGUGAGAGUGUUGAGGAGCAAAUCAAAGAGGCGGAGCGUUGUGGUGAGGAGGCGGUGCUUGAUGCAAAAGAACAAAUAAAAUCACUGGAGGACGCAUUGCAGAAAGCCAAACACAAAAUGACCAAACAUAUUCGAGACUACCAGGAACUGAUGAACGUCAAACUGGCUCUGGAUAUUGAAAUCGCCACCUACAAGAAACUGCUGGAAGGAGAAGAAGACAGGCUUGGACUAUAAUCCACUCUAGCCCAUAAACAUCCAUCUAGCCCAUAAACCCACAAGAAAAAGCAAGCAUCUGACUGUCUACACAUUCACUUCAUGUCAUGUCAUCCCUGCUGAAUGAAGACAUUAAUAGCGAACAAUUGACAGAAAGAAGAAAAUAAAUAAUAUUUACAUUCAAAAGAAA